AUGAUGGCGCUUCGAAAACCGCGGGUCCUCUGUUUCAACCCGGUGCGACAUGCAUUGAAGGAGCUCGAAUCCCUGCAAAAGGUUGCAAACGUGGAAGUGGUAAGCAGCAAGUCUCGUGAAGAGUUCUUCCGAGACAUUACGAGCAAGUACGAGGACGUCGAUGCGAUAUAUCGAACAUCUGCAAGCGGGACAGUUGCUGGCAACUUCGAUGCGCAGUUCAUAUCCCAACUCCCUCCAUCCGUCAAAUAUAUCUGUCACAAUGGGGCUGGAUACGAUCAAAUCGACGUCCACGCUUGCACUAAGCGCAAUAUCACCGUAACAUAUGCUCCAGACCCGGUCACAGCGGCAACCGCGGACUUGACAAUGUUUCUGCUACUUGGGGCUCUUCGUCAGUUACAACCCGGUAUCCGAGCUAUCCACGAAGGCAAGUUCAAGCAGGGAGUUGGGUUUGGCCAUGACCCACAAGGCAAGAUUCUGGGGAUUUUAGGUAUGGGCCGUAUUGGGAAAGCGGUGGUCAAGCGGGCCCUGCCGUUCGGCUUGAAGCCAGUAUAUCACAACCGCAGGCCUCUCCCGGUCGAAAAAGCUGGCGGGGCAGCAUAUGUGACAUUUGAAGAGCUCCUGUCCAAGAGCGACAUUAUCUCGAUCCAUGUGCCGUUAUCAUCCGCUACGAGACACUUGAUCGGGAAAGAACAAAUCGCACAGAUGAAGCCUGGGAUGGUCAUAGUCAAUACAGCUCGGGGAGCUAUCAUAGAUGAGGCAGCCAUGGCGGAAGCCUUGGACGAGGGCCAUAUCGCAGCAGUUGGCCUUGACGUUUAUGAGAAAGAGCCCGCGGUGCAUGAGAAGCUACUAAACAAUGACCGCGCAUUGUUGAUUCCUCAUCUAGGCACUCACACGACGGAAACACUAGCCAAGAUGGAGGCAUGUGCGAUGGAGAAUGCCCGUCGCGGUGUUUGUGGAGAGCCUGUUCUGACGAUCGUACCCGAGCAGUGUAAAUAA